AUGGACCAGUACCCCUUUGAUGAUGAGAAUGUGGUUCAUUUGGAGAUGCAUCUCCCUGGAAUUCCUGAAAGUCAGGGGCUGGUCUGUAGCAAGGCCCUCAACCACGAUUUGUGCCUAAAUGUGAAAGAUGUGAUGUACACGGGGCUGAGUGGCUUAGACGUGGUGCCUGACCUUCUGGCCAGCGAUGCGCUGGAGGCCGAUUUAAACGCACUCUCCCUGUACCCGGUGAAGGACUGUGACCCUCCUCAGCUCCUCCAUGAGCCUGACUUGCAGCCCUCACAGCACGAGCCGGGACUUCCCAUGCUGAUGGGACCAGAGGAGGCUGGAGGAGGAGAAGGAGGCAGCAGAUCCUUGCGGGGAGAAAAGCGUCCCAUCGGCUCUCCUCAGACCUCGCCGCUGGGCUGCAGCCACUGCGGGAAGGUGUUUGGCAGUGCCAGCGCUCUCAGCAAACACUGCCUGACUCACAGCCAGAAACGGGAAUACAUCUGUCUCCUCUGCAGCAAGGCCUUCAAACGGUCGGACCACCUGAGCGGACACAUGUUGACACAUCAGAAAAUAAAACCUUUUGUGUGCCCGGAACAAGAGUGUGAUAAGAGUUACUGCAAUCGCCAUUCACUGCUCCGGCACUACAAACUGAAGCAUGGCUUGUGCGGCUCGGAGGAGACUCCAAAGGAAGGCACCGGGGAGGAAUCCCUGCUUCUUCCCAGUCUGUACAGCCAAGGCAGCGGGAAAUCGGAGGACAGACUGACUGCACGCUCUGACUCAGGCCCUUUCCCUCCCGAAAGAGACCUGCUGAGGUGCGUCGUGAGCAGCUUUGCAAAUCGGAAGCUUCCCUUGGCUGCCUUGCCCUCUGCAGAGCACGCAGCUGCUGCCCUGACAGAUUCCUCCCCAGCAAGCCAGGCCUCUUGCCUCACACCUAACAGCAGCGAACUUCAGGAGGCUGCGACUGACGGUUUAGUGAAGGAUUGCCUCUUGUGCCAAGGGAGUGUCGCUUCUCCCGACGUCUGUGCCGUAACAAAUCCCAGCAACGUGUCUGCGAUUGCGCUGGGUGAGAUGGUAGUUACCAAUCUGGCUGGUAGGUCUUUGAUUUCAGAAGCCCAGCUCCCCUCGGAGCCCACAGGGCUGCAGCGUUGUCCGAACAGUGCCCUGCCUUGUUUUCCUGCGUUCGAAGGGCAGAGACCAUCCGCAAACCAGUCGAGCGGUAACUUCCAGUGGAUCAGAAACGUGCCGGUUUGUGCUAAACCCAAAAGGAAUAGCGUCUGCCUUGCUCACAAACCACCUGUCAUGGCACCCGAUGUUUCAGAGGGGUUAGCUGGACCUUCCCGCACGUUCUCAGCCAUGUAUGAGGGUCCGGAUGCUUUGUCUUUCCCCGUUGUGCCUUUUAAAGCCGAAGAGGAUGUGCCGAGCGAGUCAGCCCUUGGUUGUUUUGAGGAAACCUUUCCGUUGGUGAAACCCCACUGCUCCCACCCAUGGGAGAAUGCCGGGGAGCUGAGUGUUCCGGAGGUUCAGAAUCUCAGCGUGCUGCGGAGCGAGACCAGGCAGCUCUUCCCGAAACCCCUGGAGCCUGCUGCGUGCCCGGAGCCGCUGCAUCUCUUCCAGACCAUCACCAAAGCUCAGCAGGUUUUCUCUCACGCCCAGGCACUGGCUCCGUCCCUGCCGAUGGCUUCGGAGGCCAAGCACCUGACAGCAAACCCCCUCCAAACGGGGUUUUGGCAGCCCCCUCCCUUGGUUCCCCAGCUGAUGGAGUACGGAGGGCCUUCUACGUACCCCCCAAAGCCUGUCCCCCAGCUGGUGGGGGAGAGGCCGGCGUUUGGGCCAAGCGGCGCGGCUCCCCUGAGUCCGGUGGCCAUGACGUCCUUCUCGUCGGCCCCUGCGGGCGGGGGGACGCGCAGGCUGACCAUUUUCAACAGGAUUCAGGUUACUGAAAAGGAGAGCCCAGAUGGGAAGGACCUCAAAGAAAACUUGCACCAAAAAAAGAGAGAGUGGCAAACGCGACCGAGAUCCCUUUUUGUCGCACCUCCACUGGCCCCUGGAGGCCCGUUGGGGAUGGGCGGCUGUUACCGGAGUAACCUGCGGUUACAAACAUUCCGGGUGGAUGAUUUGCUGAGAGACUUGUUCCAGAACUCUCCUUACACUCCACCUCCCAUGCUCAGCCCCAUACGGGAAGGAUCAGGCCUCUAUUUCAGCACUCUCUGCGCUUCCUCUGCUCACGGUGAUCCCAACCAGCUGUUCGGUGCUGUAUUAGGCAGAAUAGACAGGGACUUUGGAUUUUGUGUGAUGAAGGGUAGAACCAAAAUCCACAUUGAACCGCACAUCAAUGUCGGCAGUCAGUUUCAGGCAGAGAUACCAGACCUCCAGGAUCGAUCACAUCUGGAAAAGGAGGAAGAGAGGGCAUUGUUGGUCUGGAAGCCCUGGGGAGAUAUCGAAACUAACCCGGAAACACAGGACAGAGUAACAGAACUGCUCAACACCGCCUGCUCCAGUGCCAUGCCAGGGGGAGGAACGAACAUAGAGCUAGCCUUGCAUUGUCUGCAUGAAACAGAAGGCAAUGUUGUGGAGGCUCUGAAGGUGCUUGUUGAGGGACCUCAGAAAUCUGAAUCCCAUCCUCUGGCUGAUUAUCAUUACACAGGUUCAGAUAUUUGGACACCUCUGGAGGAGGAGUUGUUUGCAGAGGCUUUUCGUGUACACAAGAAGAAUUUUCACCUGAUCCAGAAGAAGAUUCAGACUAAGACUGUGUCCCAGUGUGUUGAAUAUUACUAUAUGUGGAAGAAGAAAAAUAAAUUUAAAUGUCGUCAAGCUCGAGUAGAAAGAAGAAAAAAGGGCAAGAGACGCAAGGAUGAGGUGGAAGAGAGUGAAGAACAGGGUCAGUGUUUUCACCCCAUCCUAAUAGUUGAAUUAAAGCAUUUUUUCGGCUAUUUAGAGUUCAUAUGCGACAACGUAUUUUUGUACUGGAUUGUGUUUAACAAGAUAAACCGUAGGAAUGCUCAUAUGAAACGCCAUCACCAGCAGGAGCAGGUGCCGCCUCUCCUGAAGUUUACAUGGCCUGUGAAGCAUUUUAAAAAUGAGGCAAAGAUGGAAGAAACCCAGAUGGUGACAUCCUCCACCGUUAAUGGGGAAACUGUGAUUCCAGAGUAG